UUCAGAAUCACACAAACACACACUCCUCGUGCUCGGGUGACACUGCUGAGCGGGAGCGCGCGCGCGGGUGCCUGCCGAUGCUGUGGAGCGCGUGCCGCGCGCGGGAGAUUGACUGUUACAUUGUCGCGACUGCUGAGAGGAAACUCGUCUAUCUGUUACAUUUAAACCCCUGAGGAAACAUGAGUUCUCAUGUGUGUUCUCCAGAAGAUGUGCAGCACCAGCAGGUGACCCAUUCCUCCAUCCUCCUCCUGCUUCAGGAGGCCACCAAACUCACUCCUCCAGCGGGCGACGAGCGCUUGCGUUCUGCACCGUCACAUGUAGAGAGUGAAGACAGCGGGUCACCCGUCCUCUCCGGCCGUGAAGACCCAGAGUUCAGCGGCUCUUUCUCUGUAGUGCAGGAGUCUGAGCGCAGCAGCAGUGCAUGGGAGGUGAUGCGUCUGAUCAACCAGCAGUGUGAGCAGCUGCUGCAGUCCGGCUGUGAGGACCGAGGAGCGCUCGACCUGCACCCAUCAGACGCCUCCGAGACCGUGCUGACGCCCAGACCUCCGUCUGAGCCCGAGUGUCCCGCUGGUGCUUGUUCCUCUGUCAUCGAGCUCACAGAUGUGGAGAAUAUCAAAGAUCCCCAAGAUCUGGCUGAGCUCAUAAAGACACACACAGCGGAUCACAUCCGCACCAGUGAGGAGACCGAAAACACGUCUGUGCUGCACAGGUCCAGAGACCAGGGCCAUUCAGAUCAUGAGGAAUCUGUUGUCCCGUCCACAGGAAAUGACUGUGCGCCCAUCAGUCCUCUUGACUUCACUUCCUGUCUGGUGUCUGAGCGAGACUCUGAGAGUGUGUGGCUCCCUCUGAACGCCUCUGAAAACACACCGUGUUGCUCACAAUCAGCCGACCUCAACAAUAAUCUCCUAGAGAGUGUGCACAAGGAGCUCCAGACGUGUUUGUGGGACACUGGCAGACGGACGCAGAGGAAGCAGCCUCGUCCCACCCGCAGCCCUGACCCGCAGGACCCUGAGGUGCAGGGAGUGACCUUCAGCAUGGCCCCGCAGCUGGACGCUGGUCAGAGCCGACUCGUCAUCACCUCCAACUACAGUGAAGAGAUCCAGCGCUGGAGGAGAAGCAGGAGCAGCCGCAGCCGAACACAGAGGAGCAGCUCCGAGGAGGAGAGCGACUGCUGCGGUGUGUCCCGGAGUAAGAUGUGUGCGUCGUGCUGCACGAGGAAGACUCCUCUCUGGAGAGACGCUGAGGACGGGACGCCGCUCUGUAACGCCUGUGGCAUCAGGUAUAAGAAGUACCGCGUGCGCUGUCAGCAGUGCUGGAACAUCCCCAAGAAGGAGGCAAACACACAGUCCUCGUGUCAGAGAUGCGGCGAGGUCCUGAAGCUGAAGUGAUGGGACACUCAUGCGCUCCUGACGUCUCUGAAAAUGGUUAGUUCCUGUAGAUGGACUGAUGAAACCCAAACAUGACCAUUGACUGUUCACUUAUUUAAUUCACACAUUCUUCCUCUUGUUUUGUGAAAAUUAACUAUUUAUUCAUGGUUUGUGUAUUUUCUUUGGUCUGAUUUGUGUUAGCACUGGCUGUGUUUCUGUUCAGAGGUCUUCUGUGCUGGAAUUCAAUAUUAAAUUGUAUUUAUAGUG